CAAUCUGGCCACCCUCACAGGAGUUUUAGCCAAACAGUGUAAACAUAAACAGUGUACAUUGACAGGAUACACUGCAAAAAGCUACGGAAAAAGCGAAAGUGAAGUGUGUUGGUUGAAUUUUAUUCCUUUUUCUCCUGCAAAAAGGCCAAAAAGGACUUCCUGUGAACGGUGGAAAUGCCCAUUUUCCCCUGCUGUGCGUAGAUGUUGGACAACAACGUGGGUGUGAUGGCUCAAUUUGAGCCCCCAUCCGACUUUUCGGGAUGCCUCCAGAUCUCCAAUCCAUCGAAAUGCUUUGCAGUUUUGGCGCCCAACUCCCUUUCCUUUCGUCCACCAAAGCACCAGAGCCCUCCCACACAGUCAGAAUUUAUCCCCCUGAGUGACAUAAAGACCGUCAAUCGGGUCAAUGUGCGCAAAUUCCAGCGAUCAAAGACUUCCGGGAAUGCCGCUGUGAGCCUCCUGAAAGCUCAGCCGGGUAGUUUGGUGGUGAAAGUUGGGGAUUCAGCCAGUGUGCUGCAGCGAUCUGAGGAUGUACGAUGCUACCUGCGGAAGAGGGCACUUCCAGUGGCCAAGAAGGGCAGCGAUGGGGAUGGUGGGACACCCGCAAAACGGCUAUUUGUGGUGCAAAAUGGUGACCUGAAGCCCAUCCUGUCGUCCAACAUUGCCAAUUCGGGGGUCUUUAGGCCAAGUGAGCCCCGACAGACGAUCCCCGCUGCCACAGAGCCACGGAAUAUCAUCAUAGCGGACAGCAUUCGCGGGGGGAUUAUGACACAGAGAGACUAUGAGGAGAAACUCCGACGUGCCAAAUCUCCACCACCAAUCCGGAAGAUUCUCUAUCGUAUCAUCCAGCCGGGAGAUGUUGGUUUAAGCACAGGAACGGGAGAAGAGGCAAACACAGGUGCAGCAGUGGCUACAAGAAGUCGCGUUGGGAGACGCAAAGGGACACUGAAGAAGCCCCCAACGGUACCAGUGAGCACAGAGGAGGAUCCCGUACCAACAGCCAGAACACGCUCAGGGCGCCUUACGCGUCCCCCGCGGCACAUUCAUCUUGACUACCGUGGGAAUCAGGUCAUCAUGCGUCCAGCUGCGCAGGCGGAUGUCACGGAGCCCGAGGAUAAAGUUGAGACGGAGCGAGUGACAAAGAAACCACGUAGUAUGAAGUGGAUGAUGGGAAGGCUCAAGUGCGAGCUCUGUGGGAAGUUCUACGUGAGUCAGCAGAAGCUGGAGCGGCAUUGGCUCACGCACGGCGAACAACCAUGCCAGGGGAGUGCUUUUGAGCAUCUCCUGAAGCAGCUACGACGUGUUGCGUAUGAGAAUCGCGCCAAGGUGUUCGUGAAUGAGGUGGCGGACUUUGUGGAGCGCGUACAAUUCCUCGCAAAGCGCCUCCUCACGCACGACCCAAGUUUCCCCAUUCAGCACGUUGAUCACAGUGCUGCACACGUUCUUGGUGUCCCUGUGGGAUCAUAUCGCUUCAACAUGACUGCCCUGAGUGAGGAUGCUCAGCCCGAGGGAGCUCCCGAUACGCCACCAGCUACUACAGACUGCCACCUUCCGGAAAUUCAGGCCGCCCUCGAGGAUAGCUGCAUGACAGACCCAACAAAGAUCAGCCUGGCCGACAUCAAUGAUGACAGCCUCUUCCAAUCCGUCGAGGAUAUUGUCCGUGAGAAGAUUCGCAAUCUCACGGAGGAGGACCUUGCAACGGCAGUGCCGCACUUUGAAUCAUCCGCCGUGGAUCUCUCCUUGGAACUUUUCCAGUUCCAAACAAAUUAGUCAGUCCCCCUUCCUUUUCAUCCAUCUCCAGAACAUCCUGUCUUUUCUACUUUGCAUCUCUCAUGAACUCCACACACACCGCCCUUUUCAUAUUGCCCAUGCAUCGCGAUGGACGCAAUUCUGGGCAGAGAUUUAGACGUAAAAAAAAUCAUUAAAAACAAAUGAUUGUAAAAGAGAAUUAAAAUACAUUUUAUGGAGGAAAUUAA